GUGCCUAUUGCCCUCGCCCUCGCACUCCCCGGCGUGUCCGCCCACUACUUCUUCCCGCACUUCAUCGCCGACGGCAACUUCACUGGAUACUGGGAAUACGUCCGCGAAGACACGCAGGGGUACAUGCCCUACAAGGGCAACUACGACAGCACCGAUCUCCGCUGCAACGUCGGGUCGCAGGACUUCGCCGCCCAGACAAACGUCUACAAGGUGAAGGCCGGAGAAGAGAUCGGGUUCGGCACUGACUUCAACGCAUUAAUCGGGCAUCCGGGCCCGAUGCAGGUGUAUCUCUCGCAGGCGCCGGUGGGGACGGAUAUACGCGCGUAUGAUGGCUCGGGCGACUGGUUCAAGAUUUACGAGCUGGGACCAAAGUCCUUCGGCAGCCAGGGGAUCGAAUGGGGCGUGACGGAUGUUGGCAAUUUCACGUUUACGCUGCCGAAGGAGACGCCGGCGGGUCAGUACCUCGUACGCAUUGAACAUAUUGCUCUGCAUGGGGCAGGGGAUUAUGGUGGGGCGGAGUUCUACUUCAACUGUGCGCAGAUCGAGGUCGAGAGCGACAGCGUUGCGGUCCCGGGACCGCUUGUCAGGAUCCCCGGAGUGUAUACGGGGUACGAACCAGGCAUUUUGUUCUACAUGUACCGUCCGUACUGGACCAAUUAUACGAUGCCAGGGCCCCGGGUCUGG